CUUCUCGUACCUUCUGCGUGAGGAGGAGAGACUGGCGCAGCCGUUCCUCCGCGCUCAAGGCCCUCAAGCGCUGCUUCAGCUCGGCCCGCAGGCCCCGCUUGGCACUGUUUACCGUGACCGCCGCCAUUCCUGGCAAGCACCGCCCCGGCCACGCCCAUCACCCUCGGAGCUUAAGGGGCGGGACUCCAAAUCCCCUGCCUCUGUAAACCUGCAGAGGUGCACAGGCCACUUAGGCAUCUGAGCAGACUCCCGUCCUGUGUUGGCAGAUAACAGCAUGGUGUGGCGUCCUUGACCCUUCCUGCUUGAUAGCUGGGGACUGUGCACGUAGCCCAGUGUGCUUACCCUCUCUCUCAGACCACAAAAGGUCGCCAUGCUUCUGCAGAGGGUCUAACAAAGGCUGUCAACUAUACUCCAGGACUCGAUAUUCAUCUAAUUGUGGAGUACAGGGCUCGAGAAGCUUCAGAAGGGCAAAGCAAGCCAGACAUGCGUAUACAUCAUACCGGAAGGCUCUUGGUUCCUCCUGGUCAAUGGAUAAAACAUUCUCCUUUACCACCAAGUGCCUUCCUCUCCCUUUCAGUCAGUUGGCUCCUUACUGAUAGAUUUUGGGCCCGCUUUUAUAACAUAUGGCAGGCCCUUUCUGGAGAUGGAUGUUCCCUCUCUGGACAGCUCAGGACUCAGUCAGACUGUUCGUUGUUAUAGAAGUAUUUAACCGCUGUUGCCAUCUGCUGUUUAGAGACAGAUAAUGCCUUUUUCUAACAGGACGUUUGACUGAGAAUGGAGCAGAGAACAAAAGUCCUUCCAGUAAAUUCUUUUGUCACUGCUGAGUAACCAGAUCAAAUCAAAUAUAACAGAUUCAAAUUCAGUGCUAUUGGAGGAAUAAGCUUUGGCUCCAUUGAGAAAGGUCUUGAAAGACGGAAGAAACCACUGCUCCUUGUGGAAUAUCGAGUUUUACCUCAACAGUCUACUGUUACACCCUUCUCAACUGAUGACCGUCCGUGUACAAAAUCCUCAUUGACCGUGGGCUCCAGAAAACGCCGGAACAUAUUUACAAUCAUAAGAAAUAUCUAUCACCAGAAUGCUGCUGUUACUGUGGAUACUGAAGAACAUCAAGCCCCAACUUGCUCAUCCACACAAACACCACAAAACAAAAGAAAAGCUAAAUGUGGUGAUGGUUCACCUUCAGAAGAGGACGAGGAAAAGUCAUCACUGAGGAGGGUUAAGGUAGUUUCUAAAAGAAGCAGACAGAGCUCACCUUUCUUGAGAAAUAAGUUUCGGAGGGGCACUCUUCUCCCAGUGGAUGCUGCACAAUGUGACUUCACAGAUAAAAGUUAUAAAGGAAAACCACAAGACAACCUAGAAGUGGUAGCUCAAUGUUCUGAUGGUGCAGCUUUGCCAGUGGACAAGGGGAAAGGAGCAGUGAAAAUGGUGGAGACAACAUCGAAAAAACGAAGAUGUGUUUCUGCAAUCUUAAAGCUAUUUUCUCGAAAGCGUGUUGUGGCCCCCCUUAAAGAGAAAAGACCUCAAGUACUCCCUGGCACCUCCAAAGAAACAGCACCCGUUACAACAGAAGUGGUACCUGAAAAUGCGAACACUGCACCAUCAGCAAGGGGACAGGGAGAGCCACCAGUAGGGAUGGUGAAGGUGGAGACUAAAAAGCGUAGACACAUUUUUUCUUUUUUAAGGGGAAUUUGUCAUAAGACAACUGUAGUCCCCCAGGACACGCAGAGACCUUCAGUCUCUAAGGCUACAUCUACAAAAACAACUGAAAUAAAAACAAAAGACAUACCGGAGAAUGCUGACAACAAACUUGCACAAGAUGCCCAAAAACACACAUCAGAGAGCAUUGAGUCGGUGGAAGAAAGAAAACGGAGACGCAUUUCUGCAAUACUCAAAAGAAUGGAAUGCAAGCAAGCCAUAUGCCCUUCUGAGGUGAGGCAACUACAAGGCUGUACAAUUCUUUCACCUAAAACAAGAGGAAAGAGUGAUAAAGUUUCUUCAUUCUUUAGAAAAUUUUAUAGGAAGGACUCAAGUCCCUUCCAGGCUCCGGAGGAACCUCCAGCCCUUGAAGGGACAUCCAAAGAAAUGCAACCAACUACUAAAAGAGGCAGUCACAAUGCACCUGAAAUUAAGGAGAUAUUUUAUAGAGAAGAAGAGUUGGAAUAUCUUGAUGAGGGUUCCUUGGAAGAAUCUCAAAGCUAUGGUAUCAAUGUUCCAGAAUCCCGAGAAACCAUUACUUCCACCAUGAGACAGCGUUAUUUUCUUCCAGAUAUUGAUAACAUAGAAGACACAGAUACUGAAAAUGCACAAAAAGGUGUGGAUAGUCAAUCUGAAUCAACUCAUCUAGAAUACUGGGACCUGAGAAAUAAAUCGUCUACUGUUUCUCCUGUGGUCAACAUACUUCUGGUCCCAGAACAAAAAACAGAAGAUAAAUAAAUAAAGUAGAAGAAAAGAAAAAAAGAGGAGGCACUACUUUUUAUUAAAAGCGUCCAUACUGCUCCAUAUCGUGUAGAAGACAGCAGACUUGCCGGCUCUGGGCACCUGUGACACAUGCUGCUACCUGGGCUGUUUAUGAACAACAAUCUUUGGGACCAGCCUCAGAGGAACUUCAACAGCUGUCUGCAUAGAUCAAGGCAGAUCUCUAUGAUCAACUUCAGGUCCCUGUUUACAGUGCCUGUUUAGGCAAAUUGACAUCUCUUUAUGAUAUAUUCUUAGAACUUUGUGUUUCUAUGUGCUUUUAGCUUCAUUAAAGGUCUAUAAAUUGA